GAGCAAUAGUAGAAGUAAUAACCAAAAAAAAAGGCAAAUUUCUCUCUCAACCUCUCUCCAGUCUCUGUCCCAGUAUUGAUUAUAGUUGUACUCUGUUAAUCCACAAAACUGCCAAACUCCACUGCCCACCAUUUGCAGUUUGCACAGCAACAGAAACCACCCAACAACUCUCUCUCUCUCUCUCUCUCUUUUCAUUCAAUCACACAUCCAUCCAUUUCCAUUUACCACCAAAAGAUCUCAUCCCAUCUUUAGCUUUACAUGUACAAACAAUUUUCCAAUAAUUUCACCCAAAACAACCCAUUUUUCUCUGAUCAAAAUUACCCAAAACCCAUCAGAUCAAAACAAAAAUCACCCUUCAAUAAUGGAGAUUGAUAGACCUCAUAGAACUGUAUCCACACCUACUACUACUGGUGAACUCUUUAUUUGCUUCACUUCUCGCCUUUCUAAAUCAUCUUCUAUGUGCCAUUCUUCCAAAUCAAUCCUCAGUCCUAACCGUAUAACCACCGCCGAUAAAACCACCCAACCAGCAGCACUCUCUACCUCUCUCAGCCGUCGUCUCCGUCAUAACGGUAGCUUAAGGGGUGCUCAAUCACCCGCCAUGUUUCCUUCUAAGAAAACAAGGGGUUCCUCUGGUUUUGCUGAUAACCCUGAACCUUCUUCCCCUAAGGUUACCUGCAUUGGUCAAGUAAGAGUUAAAACCAAAAAACAAGGGAAGAAAAUGAAGAUGAAAGCGUGUAGAAGUAAGAGAUUAAGCGGUGGUGAACCUAGUUUUCGCUGUAUUGAACACCCACAUGAAGGAUUAUCACAAGGGAUUCAAAGUCAACAAUCUCAAGAAUGUGGCUUGAAUCAUAGAAAUCAAAGGUGGGUACAUCUUCCUUUAACGAUUUGUGAAGCUUUAAGGACAUUUGGGAAUGAAUUUAGCUGUUUGUUUCCUUGUAAAUCUUCUUGUUUUAGUAAUUGUGGAGGGGAAAAGGGGGAUAAAAUAGGGGAAGAUGGGGAAAGUUCAUCUAAUUCUUGUGCUGUUUUUAGGUGGUUAGUGUCUUUACAAGAAAGUGAAAGUGAAAAGAAAAGAAGGGAUAUUGAGUUGGUCGUGGGAGGUGGGGAAGAAGUAGAGGGAGAAGUUAGAGGUGAGAGUAUAAUGAUGGAGAGAGAAUGUUCUAGAAGAAGGUCAAUUUUUGAUGAUAUGGAGUUUGAUGAUUUGUUUAAUAAUAUGAAAAAUGAAGGUGAGAUUUGUGAUAGUGGUGGGGAUAAUGAAGAGGGUGCUAGGGUUAGUGUAUGUAUACCUCCUAAAAAUGCUCUGUUGUUGAUGAGGUGUAGAUCUAAUCCAAUGAAAAUGGCUUCUCUUUCUCAUAAAUUUUGGGAUGUUCCUUUACCAACAAAAGAUGAUGAUGAUGAUGAUGAUCAUGGUAAUGAUGAUAAGGGAGAAGAGUGUGAAAUGAAAGAUGUAGAAUUAGAGGAAAAUAUUGAGGUAAGAGGAUAUGACAAUGAGGAAAAUGUUGAGCAAAGUGAUAAAUUUGAUGAAAUGUUAGAUUUUUAUCUCCAAAACUUACCUAAUUAUAUUGAAGAUGAUGAGCUAAACCCACAAGAGAUAAGAUGUGAAAUUCUAGAAAAAACCCAUGUUGAAAAAGAUGAAAAUUUGGAAAAUGGGUCUAUAAAUGAGUCAAUUAUAGUUGAAAAUAAGGGUGAAAAUGGUCAAAAUGAGCAAGAUUUGAGUAUCAUUUUAGAAACCCAUGUUGUAAAAGAUGAAAACUUGGAAAAUGGGUCUACAAAUGAGUCACUUAUAGAUGAAAAUAAGGUUGAAAAUGGUCAAAAUGAGCAAGAUUUGAGUAUCAAUUUAGAGAAAAAUCAACAAGAAGAAAAUUCAAAUAAUGGGUGUUCAAAUCAAUCACUUUUAGAUCAUGAUCAUGAUUCAACUCUUGAUGGAGAAGAUAGGAGUGACCUAUCUAGUACUACUACUAGUUCAUCUUCAUCAAAUUCAUCAGAAGAGGACGAAAAACAAGAAAAAAACCCAGAAGAAAAUAACAAGAAAACAUUACCAGAUUGCUUACUGUUAAUGAUGUGUGAACCAAAAGUAUCAAUGGAAGUGUCCAAAGAAACUUGGGUAUGUAGUACGGAUUUUAUCCGAUGGUUACCAGAUCGGCAAGUCAAGAAAGAUUUAUCAAAGAAAAAACCGACGCCGGUUGAACGUUCCAUUCAGCGGUUCGAACCGGCUUCUCAGCCGCCGGUUCAGCCUGCAAGAUCAUCAAUAUCUUUUCCGGCUAGAGGUAACUUGGUUGUCAAAGGUGGAGCCGGGAGUGGAUUUGAGCCGUUGAUGUUGACGAGGUGUAAGUCGGCGCCGAUGCGAUCAGCGCCGGCUAAGAUUACGCCGACGGAGAUGAAAUGUAGCUUGUGGGGCAAGCUUGAGCCUCAUCGUCCUGCGACGUUUGGUUUCUGAUUAGAUUAACGGUUCAGAUUGAGUUUCUUGUUAGCCACGUGGCAUUACUUGUAAAUGAGAUUUUAUUUUUUGAUUUUCUUGACUUGUAUUAGGAUUUUUAUAAUUAAUGUUUGUCGAGUAAUUACAUCCGUCCUAACAAAUUUACUCUUUUUUUAGUUUUUCCUUCAAUUUUAUUUUAUUUUAAUUUUUAUUAUGAUUUAUGUUUUUUUCUUAUUAUUCAU